AACUGCGAUUAGUUCAGUUCUCAUUCUAAAAUCAGUUAAGAAAGGUCGUUAUUAUGGAGCCAAAGUGUACUGCUCUUAUCUUUAUGAUAAGUACACUUGUGUGGAUUAGUGAAAGCAAUGAAACUGCAGAUUUCAAUGUGACUAAUGAAAUUUUAGCGAUAAAACAGGAACAAGCAAUUCUCAAAUCAAAACAAGCUGAAUUUGAAUUGAAGAACAAACAGGAUUAUGUUAGAAAUAUAAAUAAAAACAGCCAUGUUUACGCAGAUUGCGCUGAAGUCAGGGACAAUUCAAUGCCCAGUGGGAUCUACGAGAUACAAAUCCCCAAAUCUGGAUCCAGUAAAGUUUAUUGCGAUACAAAAACUUGGGGUGGUCCCUGGACAGUCAUAUUACGGCGGAUGGACGGAAGUGUCAACUUUUAUCGGACCUGGCGAAGAUAUAGAGAGGGAUUUGGAGAUCUGGAUGGCGAGUUCUUUUUGGGCUUGUACAAAAUAUAUGCUCUGACAUCAGAGAGCAGUCAAGAGUUGCUUGUUCAACUGGAAGACUCGCAAGGUAAUCAAACUUAUGAGUCCUAUGGCAAAUUUGCAAUUGCAUCAGAUGACGAGUACUUUGCAUUAAAUACAUUGGGUGAAGCCAGUGGAACGGCUGGAGAUUCUCUUUCACAUCAUCACACGCAGCCGUUUACAACCUACGAUCUAAAUAAUGGCAAUGGAACAAACUGUGCAGAAAAAUACACAGGCGGUUGGUGGUAUGGCAAUCCCUGUCAUGAAAGCAACUUGUGCGGCAAAUAUGGCGAUAACACCUUCGGCAAGGGAGUCAAUUGGAAAACAUUCCGCGGAUUCGAGAAUUCCCUGAAACGCGUUGUUAUGAUGAUAAGACCACGAAAGCUAUAGAACUCUC